AUGUGCAGACGCUGCAACCACAGAACACCUCGAGCUCUGCAGGAUCAGUCACCAUUUGUCACCUCUGCAGAAUCCCGCCAGGCCGCCCAAUGGUCGCAGCUGAUGCAGCUCUUGAACACCUUCUCUGAUCAUCGACCUGACCUGGUGGUGCUGAAUGCCGCACUGCAUGGCCUGGCUGGGCGCUGGCGGACGUUGUUGGAGCUUUGGAGAGGGGCUCGAUCAAGGUGGUCCCUGCGACCAGAUGUGGUCUCCUACUGUGCAGCCGUCGCCGCUGUACGUGGUGAGGAUGCACAGGUGCGGCGCCUCUGCUCUGAGAUGCAGCACGACCGCAUCACGCCAGACCUCGCCAUGGACGUGGCCAUCGCUGAGUCGCUGGCGGCGCCGCCGCAGCUCUUGGGUGCCCUGAGCGAAGUGACUGCAAAGGCCCAAGGAGUUCUGCAAACACAGGCGCAGCGCCGAAGUCGAGGUGAUCCGACAAAAAAGGGCUCGAGGCUUGGACAGAUGUCGGGUUCCUUCUUCAGAGCGCCCACAGACCCCGAAUAUGCCGAGCACGGUGCCUGGAUGCGGCCCGGGUCCUUCCAGCCCAUGGGCUGGCGAAGCCAGGGACCAGUGCUGGUGUCUGGCCUGCUUGGACCCUCAGACAUCGGGUCGACGGGCGAGGGCGAGGCCACAAGCACUCCCGACACGGCGGCCGGACGUGACCGGGUGCGUCCUUUGCCGGGCCUGGGCCAGCUGGGGUGCAUGGGCAGCGGUGGAGAGAGGGACACUCCCCAUCCACAGGCGCGGCCGAACUUCCCGCACGCGCAGCAGCCAUCGGGGCCGGCGCCGCAGUCGGCAUCGGGGCCGCAGCUGCCACAGCCCGCUGCAUCUCCGCCGGGGCGCCCAGCGCUGGGCGUGGAACAUCAGCGACGCUCUCUCCGUGAUUUGUCGGGUCGACCCAAUGGCCCAGGGUGGUCCAUUUGCUUCGCAUUCCUUCUGGGGCAUGAUCCUUUGGAACAGGUCCCGGAGAACACCAGCAUGCCAUUCCUGGGGGGCCGCAUGGAGAGGGACGGAGGCACUGGCAGGAAACGCUUGGCUUCGCUGACCAUGGCCGUCGCCAUGGCGAUGGAUCGGGGUACCAUGCACGAGACGAAAGAUGAAGAAGCACGGCGCUUGGACCCCCUGGUCCUACUGAGACAAUGUGCGAUGCAAGGACAGCGCGUCAUCUGCGAGUACGACUUUCUGGAAUUCGGUGCCUACCGGAUACACAAGAACACUCGAUGUGCCUUUAGACCCUCAAGAGCACAGCCGUUCAUUGAUAUCGGAUCCGUGCAGUAUAUGUACCACCAGGUGAGCAGUGAGAACUCCUACACCCAAAGUCAAGCCCGGAAGAAGGGCUUUCAGUACAUCGGCCUCCUCGAGCGACAGGAGCUCCUCGACUACAUCGAGCACGGGAUUCGCAGCGGCGAAAGGAUCGUCCCCGAGGUCUUGGAGGGUUCCAAGCGGCCGAAGACGGAGCGAUCCGGGGAGACGCCCAUGGCGCCCCACAAGAGGAAGUUCGAAGAGAUCUCCGUGGAGUUCGAGGGCAAGCGCCGGCGGAAGGACUCCUUCGAGAUCUCGUACUCCGAGUACUGCUUGCAGGCGCGUCCCUUGCACGACUUAACCUCGACGGUUCGGACGGUGGGGAAGACGUUGCCCAUGGCGGUGGCGACCCUGAAGAUCGCGCAGCAGGAGCUUCGGCAGUGGAGCAAGGUGGAAGAGUUCUCCAAGCAACAGCAGCGCAGGCCGAAAAAGCGGCCUUUCGCGCAAGAGUUGCUGAAGAUGACGGAUCAGAAAGCUGGCACCUACCCCAUUAUCCUGGUGCCCAACAAUAAGAAUGCGCCGGUGAACAUGCUCAACGUGAAGGACUUGCUGCAGGACGGCAAGUUCCAACGGCCGGACCGGAACACGAACUUCGAUGCUCAACGUCAGGCGUCGGUGCUGGUCACGCGAACCCUCCACGGUGAGAAGUGGACCUUCGAGAUCCGCGAUUCCGUCGCUCACUUCGGUGAGUUGGACUGGCAUCGUGUGGUGGCGGUGAUCAGCGAUGGGCAUGAGUGGCAGUUUCACGGAUGGCCUUUCCCCAGCGUCGUUGACCUUCUGGCGACCAUCAAGGGAUUCUACUUCCGCGAGAGGGACCGGUUCAUCGAGAUGCCGAGCCACGUGGACAAGUGGCCAGUGACAGUCUUAGACUUAGUGCCCUUGAACCUACAGCAUCGCUAUGCACAAGUGCGGGACAUCUUUUGGAACGAGGUGGAACGCUUCAUCGCCUCCGCGCGGGCGAAACAUUUCAACUUCAAAGACGCUGGUCUUGGAGUGAGCGCGCGGACGGUUCAACUCAGAGCGCCGGUCCUUUAG